ACACUGGCCAGUCUUGUAUAUAUCGCCGUAAAAAUCAUGCUUCCUUCAUCCAAGUCAACAGCACGGAUAUUUUUGUUUCAUUGCUCUGUUUCAGUCACCAGUUACUCCUCGUGGAACUGAAGACAAGGCUCGCCUUCCCACUCCACUCCAGCCUGCUGAAGUAGAUGCCAGGAGGGAUUAGGAAGCUGAAAUCCCCCCUGAUGGGAGAUGAGAAGGUGAAUGCUACCUCUCACAGAUAUUUGAUUUAUCAAGACUGAGAGACGGCAUCAUCUCUGACAUGAUAUUGCACUACUGAGCGCACCUGUGAGGCAGGAAAUCACACUGAAGCGAACCUGCACUCCCACCUGUCUCUUCCCAUAUAAUGCCCUCAUCUUUCCACCUGUAACCAACCCUGUAGAAGUAUGUCGUGCGUGAAGUCCUUUCUGGGGAGUCUGUCUCGGAGGAAACCCCUGGAGCCCGAGGGGGAAGAGUCCACCUUUAACCGAUGCCUGACCACCCUGGACCUGGUGGCCCUGGGUGUGGGCAGCACCCUGGGAGCCGGAGUCUACGUCCUCUCCGGAGAAGUUGCCAGAGAAACCGCCGGACCCAGCAUCAUCAUUUCUUUCUUCAUCGCUGCCAUGGCCUCCAUAUUCGCCGGUCUGUGCUAUGCAGAGUUUGGGUCCCGGGUUCCAAAAACAGGAUCGGCAUACCUUUACAGCUAUGUGACGAUCGGAGAGCUGCUGGCUUUUAUUACUGGAUGGAAUCUGCUUCUCUCCUAUGUCAUAGGGACAUCUAGCGUUGCACUGGCAUGGAGUGGUACGUUUGAUGACCUCAUUGGUGGUGUCAUAUCAAAUUUUUUUGAAAAAAAUGCAUCCAUGGGUCUCCCUGGCCUGGCGCCGUACCCAGACGUCUUUGCUGCCGUUCUCAUCCUGCUUCUGUCAGGUCUGCUGGCUUUUGGAGUAAAAGAAUCGACAACAAUCAACAAGAUCUUCACAGCGAUCAACAUCCUCGUCCUGCUGUUCGUCACCAUCUCUGGAUUCAUCAAGGGAAACAUCUCCAACUGGCAAAUCAGUCAAGAGGAGGUCUUAAACGCCACGCUGGCUGGAAACCUGAGCUCCACUGGAAAUGUAACACAUGAGUUCGGAGUGGGAGGGUUUUUCCCUUAUGGCUUCAGUGGAACCCUGGCGGGAGCUGCAACCUGCUUCUACGCUUUUGUUGGAUUUGACUGCAUCGCUACAACUGGUGAGGAGGUGAAGAACCCCCAGAAGUCCGUCCCUGUCGGUAUCGUGGCGUCACUUCUCAUCUGUUUCCUUGCCUACUUCGCUGUGUCGGCCGCCCUCACCCUGAUGAUGCCCUACUACAUGCUCAGUGAGAAAAGCCCCCUGCCAGUGGCCUUCGAAUACGUCGGCUGGGCUCCCGCCAAAUACGCCGUGGCUGUGGGAUCUCUGUGUGCCCUUUCAACCAGCCUGCUGGGCUCCAUGUUUCCAAUGCCUCGUGUCCUGUUCGCCAUGGCCAGAGAUGGGUUGCUUUUCCGACCCUUAACCAAAGUCACCGCCAAGGGAAGUCCUGCUGUAGCUACCGUAUCAUCUGGAAUUGUGGCAGCCAUCAUGGCUCUGCUGUUUGAUCUGGACGCCUUGGUGGAAAUGAUGUCCAUCGGUACUCUGUUUGCCUACACACUGGUGGCCAUAUGCAUUUUAAUACUGAGGUAUCAGGAGGGUUCAUCUGAUGAAGACACAGACGUUAAGAUCAAAGAACCAAACACCAAGUACAACUUCCUGAAGCCUCCAUCGACUGCCAGCUCUUCCACUUCCCGAACAGUCACAAUUUUGACUGUGAUUUCUGUUGUAUGUGUGGUUGUCCUGUGCAUCAUCCUGACUCAAGCUUUAGAUGCUCUGGCUAAUGCGGAAGCCUGGAGCAUAGUGCUUGUCUGCAUCUUUGGAGUCAUCCUGCUGCUCAACGUUUUUCUUAUCUGGAGGCAUCCACAAAAUCCCACCAAGGCGUCGUUUAUGGUGCCCUUACUUCCUGCUCUGCCCAUAGUGAGCACAUUCAUCAAUGUCUACCUGAUGGUGCAGUUAGGUGGACUCACGUGGCUUCGAUACGCCAUCUGGAUGUUAGUCGGGUUGCUUAUCUAUUUUGGCUAUGGAAUGCAUUUCAGUGUUCAGCGAAAGCAUUUCAAAGUCAACGAGACGGCAGUCGAAACAGUCAGCGGCAAAACAAGCAAUAUCAUCAUCAAUGAAGAGAAGUUCUAAACUCAAAUGGAAUGAAGAAAUAAAAAGGUUAUAUGUUACAGUGAGUAACUACGUCAGAUGUGCAACUGUGCUUUCCAUGCACCGGUGCUGAUGAGUGUUGAGGAUCUGAGAGUACAGACUGAAUGGACAGGGGGGUUAAUUUAUCUUUUAUUCCACACUGACACUUUACUACAUCUUAACAGAGUUUGCUGUGUAUUUAAAUAUUAUUAUUCUCAACACUGGAACAUUAAAAUGCUGCAUAUCAUUGGACCUUUAAGGUGUUCAAGAACAUGGAAUGAGAGUAUUUCCUAAAGCCACUUGUGUAUAACUUUAAUAUUUUAAAUACAUUUUUUGCUAAUACUUCUGUACCACUUGGUACUUGUGUAUAACUAAUUCGAAAAAGGGGAGCACAUAUCUAAACUUCACUUGUGCUUUUUAUUAAUCAAAUUGACUUGCAUAUGACGCCAGUAUCAGUGUCAGCAGCAUCUCCUGGAGUUUCUAAAUCUGCUAUCAAGUUGCUCCUAUUUAAAUGUUUAAAAAAAGGUGAACCAAAAAAGGAUUUAUAAAAUAUUUGGUUGAUAAUUAGUAUUUUAUUACACUGAAAUAGCUUUAUACUUGUAGCUACUUUUUGGAAAGUGUGAAAAUUUAUUUCAACUUUAUACAAUUUUGAUUAUGAUUCCAAAUAAUCCAACAGUUUUUUCUUACAUAUCAAUUUUUAGAAUUAGACUGAAGAAGACGCACAAUUUAGAUACAGAAAGCUUUUUGUGGAAUGUCAUAUUUUUGUGUUGUAAACCUUUUUAAAGUCAGCUGUAUUAAUUGUUUCUUAUCUCCGUUUGUAAAUAUGGAAACUGUACAUGUUUGCUUGUGAUAUUACUGUAAAUGUAUAACUUAAUUAAAAGAAAUUAUCAAGUUUUUCAUGUGGCUACAA